AUCAGUUCAGCUGUUUGCUGACUGGAUAACAACAUGGACUGGCUUUCUGUACUUGUGCUCCUAAGCUGUCUUCUUCAAGUGGUCUGGAAUCAGCCUGCUCUGGAAACUACUGAAGUAGAUGUAGAUGGAGGAAUAGAUCAAGACAUCUUUGACAUCAAUGCAGCUCUAGGACUGGACCUUUUUGAGGGAGACAUCAAACUUGAUGGGAUGCAAGAACGAAACUCCAUCAUUGGUGACGAAUAUCGCUGGCCCCAUGUCGUCCCCUAUGUCCUUGAUGAUAGCCUGGAUGUUAAUGCGAAGGGAGUCAUCCUCAAGGCUUUUGAACAGUAUCGACUCAAAACCUGUAUUGACUUCAAACCUUGGGAAGGAGAGGAGAAUUAUAUAUCUGUGUUCAAAGGAAGUGGUUGCUGGUCCUCAGUGGGAAACCGGCAGCAGGGCUUGCAACAGCUCUCGAUUGGAGCCAACUGUGACAGGAUUGCAACAGUUGAGCACGAGUUCCUUCAUGCACUGGGCUUCUGGCACGAGCAGUCACGGUCCGAUCGAGAUGACUACGUGUCCAUCAUCUGGGACAGGAUUCAGACGGGUAGAGAACAUAAUUUCAAUAAAUAUGAUGAUAAAACAUCAGACUCUCUGAAUGUUCCCUAUGACUAUACAUCCGUGAUGCACUACAGCAAAACUGCUUUCAGGAAUGGAACUGAACCAACCAUCGUAACAAACAUACCGUACUUCAUGGAUGUAAUAGGGCAGCGGAUGGAUUUCAGUGAUUAUGAUCUCCAGAAACUGUAUCGGCUGUACAAUUGCUCCUCCUCCCUAAGCUUCAUGGACACAUGCAGUUUUGAACUUGAAAAUAUUUGUGGCAUGAUUCAAAGUUCAGAUGAUAACAGUGAUUGGCAACAUUUGUCUCACGUUCCUGCUGGGCCCAGUACUGAUCACACUAACAUGGGAGAAUGCGAAGAUUCUGGCUAUUUCAUGCAUUUCAACACCAGUGCUGUAGCAGGAGGAAGCACAGCUAUCCUGGAGAGCAGAAUUCUAUAUCCCAAAAGAGGCUUUCAAUGCUUGCAAUUCUAUUUCUAUAAUAGUGGAAGUGAAAGCGACCAGCUCUAUGUCUGGGUCAGGGAGUAUUCUGAUGCCCAUCCAAAUGGUACUUUGAGACUAAUUGAAGAGAUAAAAGGUUCAUCUGUGAAUUACUGGCAGCUCCAUCAUGUUUCCUUGAAUGUCACGAGUAAAUUCCGGGUUGUGUUUCAAGGUGUGAGAGGAACUGGUUUAUCAAAUGGAGGUCUCUCUAUUGAUGACAUCAACUUGUCAGAAACACAAUGUCCUCACCAUGUCUGGCACAUCAGAAACUUCACGGAUCUCCUCAACACAAGUCCUGCAGGGACAGCAGGAAGAAUAUACAGUCCACCGUUUUACUCUAGUACAGGAUAUGCUUUUCAGGUUGGCUUGUAUGUAAAUGGUACCACUGAUAACCCAUUUAAUUUAGCAAUAUACUUGCACUUGAUUUCGGGAGCAAACGAUGAUCAGUUGCAGUGGCCCUGUGCAUGGCAGCAAGUUACCAUGAUUCUGCUUGACCAGCAUCCUGAUAUUCGUCAACGGAUGUCAAACCAAAGAAGUGUAACAACAGACCCUCUGGAAUUAUCAGGUUCCUCAUCAAAUUAUUUUUGGGAUAGGCCAGAUAAAGUGGGAUCGGCAGCUUCUUUCCCAAAUGGAACUAUGUUCAUGAGAGGUCCAGGACGUGGAACAAAUGCAUUCUUAACUCAUCAGAGACUUAGAAGCCGUGACUUUAUUAAAGAAGGUGGUGUUUAUAUCCUUUUAACAAUGGAAGAUGUAUCACAUCUAGUAUCAGCUCAGCCAAGCGUUUCACCCACCGUUGUUACAAAUACUCCUGCUGUCAGUACUGUCAGACCUACCUCUACUGCCACCACCACAACCACCAGGCCCUCUGCCACCACCAGGCCCUCUGCCACUACCACGCCCACUACCACCAUCAGGCCCUCUGUCACCACCAGGCCCUCUGCCACUACCACGCCCACUACCACCAUCAGGCCCUCUGUCACCACCACGCCCACUACCACCACCAGGCCCACCACUACCACCGAGUCCACUGCCACCACCAAACCCGCCACUACCACCAGGCCCACAGAGAGACCUACUUCUACCAAAACACCCAUCCCAACAUCUCUUGUGAGCGUGACUGAAGAGCCAGAGACGGAUACACCAGAGUCCUGUACAGAAAACCCUUGUGAAAAUGAUGGUGUCUGCAUUAUUGUAGAUAGAAAAGCAGUCUGCAGAUGUCCAUCAGGGAAUAACUGGUGGUACAUGGGGGAAAAAUGUGAAAGGAAAGGCACAACUCAAGAAAAUACCAUAAUAGCUGUUUCUUCAACCAUAACAGUAUUCGUUGUUAUGCUUAUUAUCACUAUCACAACUGUGGUGUGCCUUAAAAAGAAAUACAGCAAAGGAGAAGGAAAAGAAAAAGUGGAGAGCCUGACUCUUGAAGAAAAUAAGACAUCUUUCUGAAGAUAAUGCAAUCAAGCAUCAAAGACAUAAAACGAACAUCACUGGAAAACCAAAACUAUGUCAUCAUUCCUUCUGAUACUUUUAUGUCAGCUGCCAUGAUAAAGGUUUGUAAAGUCCAGAAAAUAAUGCAUCCCCUCUGAAAAUCUGGUUUAUAAUAAAAUGCUGUGCCAACAUCAA